AUGAUUCACCCUCUGAUUCUCUCUGGGAUUUUACUUUACAUCUCAGGUGCUGCUGGAGUAAAUAUAACAGUGAAAUCUGGAUCAUCUGGCAUUAUUCCAUGUGUAUAUGAAAAACAACACAAAGAAAACCGCAAAUAUUUGUGUAAGGGGACACAUUGGGAUGCUUGCCAUAUAUUGGCAUAUUCAAAUGAGAUGGGAAAAUAUUCCAUCACUGAUUAUCCAGACCAGAGUAUUUUUACAGUGCAAUGGGACAGACUGGAGACCUCGGACUCUGGAAAAUACUGGUGCGCUGUGGAGAUUAGUGACAAUAAAUCCCUACACGCUCAUUAUUAUUUGUAUCUGACGGUACAACCAGCUCCUGAUACUUCUGUGAUGAGCAGCAGUGUAUCUGGACAUGAAGGUGGUAAUGUCAGUGUCCAGUGUUUCUACAGUUCUGGAUAUCAGAAUGAACUCAAACUGUGGUGCAGAUAUAAAGAUCAGAGCUGUUACACAGUGACUGGCACAUCCCAGGAACCAUCACUCCAGAUCAGUGAUGAUGGGAGAAGCUCCUUCACUGUGCUGAUGACUGGACUGAGACUCAAUGAUUCUGGUUGGUAUUACUGCUCAGUAGGAGAUCUGCAGGUUCCUGUUCAACUCAUUGUCAAGGAACCCAAACCUCCUGAUGUGUCUGUGGUGAGCAGCAGUGUAUCUGGACAUGAAGGUGGUAAUGUCAGUGUCCAGUGUUUCUACAGUUCUGGAUAUCAGAAUCAUCCCAAACAGUGGUGCAGAUAUAAAGAUCAGAGAUGUUACACAGUGACUGACACAUCCCAGAGUUCAUCAGUCCAGAUCAGUGAUGAUGAUGGGAGAAGCUCCUUCACUGUGCUGAUGACUGGACUGAGACUCAGUGAUUCUGGAUGGUACUGGUGCUCAGUAGGAGAUCUGCAGGUUCCUGUUCAACUCAUUGUCAAUGAACCCAAACUUGCAGUGACAAACAGCCCAAUAACGACACCAUCUGACUCUGAGACAGACAUGUCCACAACACAGUCAUCUGCCAACAGAAAUCCUACAAGUCUGAAUAAAAUAGUAAACAUCGUUACGAAUACAGCAUCAACACCUGAAACACACAUAGAUGAAACCAAGCCAUCUCUAAUAGCGGCCACAGAGACUAUACUACAGAAAUGCGCAGCCAGGAUGAGCAAAACAAUUAUUUAAGGCAUGUAAAUGGACUUUUGCUUUAAAAGAUGAACACUUUCUAUGCAUUAAAAGUAAGUAUAGUUUUGCAUGAUAAAUACAAAUAUGUCUCCAUCACUCUAGGCCUGUUGGGAUUCUGCUCAUGGGUCUUGUAGCGAUGCUCGUGCUGUUGCUGCUUGUUUCUCUUGUUGUAAUAGUAACCUGGAGACUGAGAAAGAAGCCGGAGAGGGGUCACAUUAGAGAAGAAGAACAUUUCAACAGCACCAGUAAUGAAACUCCCUCUGAAAACCAGAUGACAUCCAGCAGUUCAGCAGCUGCUACUAGUUUAUCAUCAGUAGAUCCAGAGGGUGACGCCCUCUACAGCUCUGUGAAGAAACCUCGCAAGACUGCACAUUAGAGUGGAUUCUUGACCAAAUGGAGGACAAAGACGACACAUCAACACUUUAGAAAGAGUUGAAACCUUCAUGUUUCUUUUCAUGCAAGUCCAAAUUAGGCCUUCAUAAAGUGUAGGGUUACAUAAAUGCAGUUUUGCUAGUUGUAAUUAAAUUACUGUUCAUUAAAAACAUGUUAUUUUACUUUGCAUUUAUUUUUUGUUUGUUUUGUU